UUAGAGGUGAACAUUAUGAAGCUACUUGUAAAUUUUGUAAUAAAAAUUGGAAAUGCGAUAUACCUAAAAAAAUGACUGCACAUAUAUGUAAUGAAUGUACCAAAGUACAUGCAUCUAUUCAUAAAACAGUUCUAACUAAAUUUGUUAAAGAGUAUAAUUCUAUUUCAACUAAUGAAACUGAAGAAAAAAUUGAAAUUUCAAAAUUAUCUUCUUCUACCUCAAAUAUUCAAGAAUUUUUUGAGAAUGUAUGGAUGAAUUCAAAUGCAAAUAGUCAUACGGGAUCUUAUUUGGCUUCAAAAAUUAAAGAAAUAAUGGAAAAAAUUGGUCCACGUAGAAUUGCAGCAAUUGUUUCUGAUUCUGGUGCAAAUAUUAAUAAUGCACGAUCACUUAUAAAAACAGAAUAUAAGCAUAUUAUUAAUUUACGUUGUAUUAGUCAUUGUUUAAAUUUAAUAUCUAAAGAUAUUAUUAAACAUCAAUUUGCAGACUGUUUAAUUAGAAGAGCAAAUAUAGUUACAACCUUUUUUAAAAAAUCUCAUUUAGCACAUCAUAGAAUAUCUAAAUUAAUAGAAGAAAAAAAAAUUAAAGGUGGUGGAUUAAAAUCAUAUGUUUCAACACGAUGGAUAACUUGUCAUGAAGCUACAGAUUCCAUCGUACGUUUAUCCGAUGUACUUCGUGAA